AUGGCCCUCUCCAAAAUGUUCCAAGGUCUAUGGGACAGCACAAUAAAUCACACUACAGGUUUCAACGCUCCUCCCGCAAUCUUUCAAUGGCCUUGGAUCAUUGAAUUAUGCAACCAAAUAUCAAAAGAGCUUCGACAAAACAUAGACUGGAUCGGAAUCAAACCCCCAGCCUCAAGGCCGACAAAGAUGUUGGACUAUGCCUGCGGUAAUGGCGUGGCAUCUCGCGCACUUGCACCAUUCAUGUCUACCGUUAGAGGCUUGGACAUAUCACUAGCAAUGGCAGAACAGUACAACAAAAUGGCCCUUAAAGCAGGAUAUACUCCAACAAAGAUGCACGCCAUACAAGGCGAUAUGAUCGAGCCAGAAUCGACGCCAUGCCCCGAACUCGACACACCUGCAUUUUUCAAUUUUGAUUUAAUAGUCAUGUGCAUGGCUCUCCACCACAUUGAGAACCCGGAUGAUAUGAUCUUGCAGCUCUCUAAAAGACUGAGGCCAGGUGGACUUUUGCUUAUCAUUGACUGGGUUUCUCACUCUGACAGUAGAGGUGGAGAAGACGGAACCUGGAAGAUGGAUUUCUCGAAACUUAGUGUUAAUAGAAUAGGAUUAGAAGAGGAUGAGGUCAAGACUGCGUACGAUAAAGCUGGACUGGAGGAUUGGUCUUGGAAAUGGACUUCGACACCAUUGCAGGUUACCUGCCUCUACAGCAUUCGCAUAAACGAACAAGUAUCAAGCAUCUCUACGCAGCAACGUGUCUCAGUCAAAGAACCAGGGCACAGCGAAGCCAAUAUGAAGAUUCAAGCUGUUCUCGCUGCUGUCAUGACCGCCAUGGUCAUUGCCGACCAACACCCCGGAGCUGAAAAGCUGUGCGGUCGUCUUGGGCCUAUGACAUGGGAUCCCAAUGACCUUCCCGAGGGUGUUGAUGUUAGUCAAAUCCGCAUGUGUGCCGACCAUCCUAUGGGAGCCGGUAACUACUGGGGUUGGGGUGAAUAUCUUCCUAGCUGGGUUCCUCGCAACCCCGUGGCUGAUAUUCCAUGGCAACGAAUCUACAGGUUAUAA